AUGAAGGUACUUGCAUGUUUUUUGGCUUAUUUAGCUGUUGCAAACGCUGUUCUUCCAGCCAAUGAUUUAACAGCUCAUAAGCAUCAAGGACUUGGUGGUCGACCAGCUUUAAUUAAUGUAAGACAAGGUAUACCAGGUCAACAUAUACAUGUAUCACAAGCUGCACCUCCAGCUGCUUUAGUUCGUGUUCACCAAGCUCCAAUUAUACCACCACAAGUACAAGUUUCUCAACCACCAGUUCCCCCACCAAUUGUACGUGUACAUCAAGCUCAGCCAUUACCACCAGUUGUACAUGUACAACAAGUGCAUGCUCCAGCUCCUCAUGUUCAUGUUCAUCAAGGUGCUGCACCAGCACCAGUAGUUCGUGUACAUCAGGCAGCGGCACCAGCACCAUUAGUUCGCGUUCAACAACAACGGCAACCAUCUCCAAUUGUCCAAGUACAUCAAGCAGCCGCACCAGCACCGUUGGUUCGUGUUCAUUCGCCAGCUGCACCACCACCAUUAGUUAGAGUACACCAACAUGCUGCUCCAGCACCAGUAGUACAUGUACAACAACAUCAAGCUCCAGCGCCCGUAGUUCGUGUUGUUCAACAUCCUCAACCAGCUCCAAUAGUUCGUGUACAUCAAAACCCAGUACCUGCACCAACUGUACACGUACACCAAGAUCCAAUUCCACCACCUAUAAUCCGAGUUCAACAAGCUUUAGUACCCCAACCGGUAGUAAACGUACAACAAUUACAACUUCCACAACCUGUUAUAUCAGUACAGCAAGAUCCUGUUCCUAGACCUGUUAUAAGAGUUCAACAAUCGCUUGCUCCUAGACCAGUUGUUCACGUAGCACAAGCACCAGCUCCAGCCCCUAUAGUUCGUGUUUCACAAGCAGCAGCUCCUCAACCCCUUAUACAUGUACAACAAGCUCCAGCACCACAACCAAUUGUUAGAGUAUCCCAAGCACCUGCACCUGCCCCACAAAUACAUGUUACUCAAGGUCAUGCUGCAGCCCCAAUCGUUCGAGUAAGUCAAUCACAUGCCCCAGCUCCAAUUGUAAGAAUAUCUCAGGCUCCUCUUCCCGAACCAAUAAUUUCUAUAAAUCAUGGAAGAAGAAGACGUCAACAUUAA